AUGUGUUAUGGUUGCCGCAGACUCGGCUUCGCGAGACCCUCGCCCCCGCCUGACCCAGUGCACGACCGGGAGGACGAGGAGCCGCUGCCGCAGCCAAUAGACUUCGACAGACCGGCGCCUCGAAAGAAGCUCCAACCGAAGCCCAAGACCAUCGUUCACUCAGCGCCUAGCCAUGACGGUAUUCCGGCUUUCGUGGCAUACUCGGUCCCCGCAGACACUCCGGAGGAUGCCGACCUGACGCCCUUGCGCCCACCGUACGCCUACGUCUUUUACGACACUUCCCCUGGCGCGCUUAAUCCGGGACGCGCCGAGGACCUGGCCCGCUCCAUAUUCGACGGCACCGAGGACAACCGCAGUUCUUGCGGGCUGCCGGACAGAGUCGAGGUCUUUGCUAUGCCCCUCCCAGCUCUGCCCGGAACAGGGAGCCCGUAUUCUGCCGAGGACGUGGGGCUUGACCUCGUUCUUUCACAAGAGAGCCCCUGGUAUGCACGUCUCGCCGCACGCGCGUCGCGAGACCCCCAGGACGCACACUGUCUCCAGCAUGCCGCCGCUUGCAUAAAUCAUCAUGAGCGGGAAUUCCAGAACCGCCUGGUCAUUGCGGACAGGGCGGAGGCGGUUUCGUGGUAUCUCCCAGAAGGUCUAAGCGACGCCGAGUUCACCCGUCAGAUUGUGGUUGUCGAUAGGCUUGAGGAUAAACCCAAGAACCCACCCGGACCUACCCGUUGGCAGGAAACGCUCGCCUGGACACACUCUCUUCCAAGCGAGCAAAGAAACCCGGAUAGGAAUAGGGCGGAGAGGGCUGAUAGCAGCCCGUACGGAAGAGUGUUGCUGGUCGACUGGCGGCCUCGCGACCAGGACGGGGACGACGAGGACGAUGAAGCACUGCCACUCAACUGGGAUAAGAUCGCGUUUGAAAUGCUGGGGAAGUCGGUGUUAAUUUCCUCCCGAUACGGAGUAAGAACCUUCUAUGAGCAUUUCCUUCCCGACGGCGUAUUCGAUUUUGAAAGAGAGAAGGCUCGUGAACGAGGAGCAGACGAUAGGGUGGACUUGCCGAUGUAG